GCAUUCACGGGAGAAAACCGCGGCGCGACGGACGUCAAAACCGAAAUCACACACAAACGAAGGGGGCGAAAAAGGGGGGUUGUUUCGAGAAAUACUCACUCUCCCCAAAUUACUUUCGUCGCUGGGUACCUCCCCUCCCCACCCCGCUUCUGCAGGUUGUCAGCCUGCCGCGGAGGGAACCGUGGGAUGCCGCUGAACACACCCCGCGCCGUGCGCGUCGUCUUCCGUGAAGCCGAGGAGCAUCGGAGCGUUUGACCGAAUAUGUGGCGCAGCACCGGUUGACCGCGUCUGCUUCAGGUAACCGUGAUGGCGGGGUCCAAGAUGUCCCUGCUGCCGCUGGCUGCGGUGCUGCUGCUGCUGCUGCCCCCGGUGCUGCUGGCGGGGGGAGCAGCCGACGCCGGGCCCGAGAUGGACCCGUACAAGAUCCUGGGAGUGACGAGGAGCGCGAGCCAGGCGGAGAUCAAGAAGGUUUACAAGCGUCUCGCGAAAGAAUGGCAUCCCGACAAAAACAAGGACCCGGGUGCCGAGGACAUGUUCAUCAAGAUUACAAAAUCCUAUGAGAUCUUGUCCAGCGAAGACAAGCGGGCAAACUACGACCGCUACGGACAGACUGACGACACGCAGCCAUAUGGAGGCGGCCGCUACGGUCCCCGCCACGACAGCUUUCACUUCGACGAGUCCUUCUUCAACUUCCCCUUCAACGGCAAGAACCACAGAGACUUCGCCGACAGCAAGUACACGCUCCAUUUCAACCAGUACGUAAACGACGUGGUGCCCGACAGCUACAAGAGGCCAUACCUGAUCAAGAUCACGUCCGACUGGUGCUUCAGCUGCAUCCACAUCGAGCCCGUCUGGAAGGAGGUGGUGCAAGAGAUGGAGACUUUAGGUGUUGGAAUAGGUGUGGUGGACGUUGGCUACGAGAGACGGUUAGCCAAUCACCUCGGUGCUCACCGCACCCCAUCAAUACUCGGAGUCAUCAAUGGCAAGGUGACGUUUUUCCAUUAUGCCGUUGCCAAGGAGCAUCUGAGGCAGUUUGUGGAAGACCUGCUUCCUCAGAGACUUGUAGAGCGGGUCACUGACAAGAAUGACCUGCAGUUCUUGAACAGCUGGCACGAUCUCAACAAGCCUCACGUGCUUCUGUUUGACCAAGUGUCUGUAGUUCCUCUGCUAUACCAACUGACAGCUUUUGCUUACAAGGACUACUUGCAGUUUGGCUACGUGGACCAGGGCCUCUCCGAGACUGUCGCCCUGCAGAAACAGUUCAACAUCAACACUUACGCUCCGACCAUGCUCGUCUUCAAAGAGAACACCGACAAGCCCGCUGACAUUAUACAGGCCAAAGGAAUGAAAAAGCAAAUUAUUGACGAGUUCAUGUCAAACAACAAAUUCCUCCUGGCGCCACGGUUGGUCAAUCAGAAGCUCUUCGACGAGCUCUGUCCUGUCAAACAGUUCCAUAGACGCAGGAAAUACUGUGUCCUGCUGAUCACACGUGACGAAGAGACCCUUUCCUUUGGGAACCAGGCUUUCCUCUCGUUUGCCUCCACCAACUCCAAGGAAGUUUUGAGAUAUGCUUAUGUGUACCAACAGCUACAGCAGCCACUGUGUGACAUCCUCAUGCAGAACAAGGACAGUGCACAGUCACCACCACAGGUGGUGAUCCUGGAGAGACGUAAUGCAGCAGGGAAGGCCCUGUUCAAGCCGGUGACUGCCUGGAACGGCAGUGAAGAAGACAAGCAAUGUCUUGUUGAUGAGCUGGAGCGGCUGCAGAAGGACCCGUCCAUUCUCGUCCACGACGCCGUGCUGCCGGAGCUCAACAACGAGUUUGCCUCUAUGUUCGUAAUCAGAUGGAUCUACGCAUCGUAUGAUUACCUCGCUGAGGUCAUCGAUGAUAUUCUGCAUAACAACUGGCGUGAGAUGAUGCCUCUGCUGUCCCUCAUCUUCUCUGCCUUGUUCAUCUUGUUUGGAACUGUGGUCAUCCAGGCCUUCAGUGACUCCAGUGAGGAUAAGCAGACAAAACCAAAGGCAAAAGAUGGAACAAAGGCAGAAAAUGGCUCACCAGGGACCGCUGCUUCAAGUCGGCCUCCAAAGAAGAGUUUUGUGGAGGUGACGGAGCUGACGGACAUCACUUACAUAAGCAACCUGGUGAAGUUGAGGCCCGGACACAUGAACAUAGUGCUGGUGCUCACCGACGCCUCUAAGAACAUCCUCCUUAGCAAGUUUGCCAAAGAGGUUUACUCCUUCACAGGGAGCCUGACACUGCAUUUCUCCUUCCUGAACAUUGACAAGCACGGCGAGUGGAUGAACACGCUGCUGGGGUACGCCCACGACGCCAUGCAGAUUGACGGCGACGAGGGCGACGGCGGGAGCCGCAAGAUGGACUACACUGGCCACGUGCUGGCACUCAACGGCCACAAGAAGUACCUCUGUCUGUUCAAGCCCGUCUACACCGGGGAGGACCUCGACAGCAAGUCAUCCGAGGACGAAGGGGUCACCUCGGGGGGGAGGUCGAGGUCCAGCUCCCGCGACGACCACCUGCCGCGCAAGUCCAAACGGUCCCGCAGCAUGUCCACACUGCAGAUCCACCACAAACUGGACCGCCUGGGCUUGUGGAUGGAGCGGCUCAUGGAGGGCACUUUGCCUCGAUACUACGUACCCGCCUGGCCUCGUCUGGACAAGAUCACCCCCUGUAAAUAGAGGGAGGCGACUCCACAAUGACUUGGUGUUUAUCUACUGUCACUCAGAAAUGGGUUUUCCAUGUGUUCUGCUGAAGUGAGGCGAGAGCGGCCUUUUCUUGCACUCGACUUAUUUAUGGUUAAAUUAGUCUUUAAAGUUGGUGUUAACUAAUACAAACAUGGCUUUAGUGCAAAACACUGUUGGACAGAUCCUUAAGCUCGUACGUCCACCGCAUGCUGUUUUUUCGUCUGUUUCCUUCAGGCAGAUGCUGCUGCCACAGCCCUGUGAACUGAAAAACUAAAUCACUGUGGUCACACGUUCUCUUCUGCCUUCAUAUGACCCUCAGUCAUAUGAAGGCAGGAGGCGGGCCAACUACCUUAGUCUUCAUUGAUGAAAACUGUGAAAAGAGAUGCAUGUCUCUAACCCGAAUAAAUCCCCCCCCCCACCGAGAUUUUUUCCUGAAUGCUGAUUUGCCUGUGCAAUAUAGCAUCCUGCUGUAAUGACCAUGCCUUUUAUCGGGACCUCAUAGGGUUCCUCCGCGUUCUUCCUGAUCCUGUGACGGCAGAAAGAGCAAAUACUUGUUUGGUUAAACGGUAAUUGUUGAGACUGUGGUAUCAAAUGUUCUUCGCUAAAGACGAGAAUCAUUUAACGGCAUCAGUUAGCCAGUAGCUGUAUGUAGCAAACAGUUUGUCCAUUUCAUGUUCUGAAUGUUUUCCGAAUGGCCAUGAUUUGACUGAUACAUUAUCACCACAUCAGACACAUGAAAGUGAGGUCAAACUUCGUGUGCGCUUGCUCGGUCUAUUCAUUUCUUUUGUCAAAGUGUCAAAAUGUCAGUAAUAUAAUUUUGUUGGUUCGAUGUAAAUAUUAUACAAACUCAUGUUAUCUAUAGGACCUGUAUUUUAAAAGAGUAUGUGACUUGAAAGACAAAGUUAAUGUUUUACAUGGAUUUAUAAAAACUAAGAAAAUCGCCCUUCUUA